AUGGUGCUUAAACUGACCACCGCCGGCAACGUGCUGGUGUACCAAGUGUCAGGGUCCAAUGUUGCGCGGCUGCUUCCCGACUGGAUUGCCAAGAAGCGGAAACGGGCCCUUAAAAACGAUCUUGACUACCAGAACCGGAUCGAGCUUGUCCAGGACUUUGAGUUCGAAGAGGCCUCCAACAAGAUUAAAGUGACUCCCGAUGGGCAGUACGCGAUGGCGACGGGGACUUAUAAGCCCCAGAUCCACGUGUACGACUUGGCCAACUUGUCGCUCAAGUUCGACCGUCACACCGAUAGUGAGAACAUCGAUUUCGUCAUCUUGAGCGACGACUGGACCAAGCUGGUCCAUUUGCAAAACGACCGUCACCUUGAGUUCCAGACCAAAGGUGGCAUCCACUACAAAACGAGAAUCCCCAAGUUUGGGCGUGCGUUGACUUAUAACCCCGUGAACACCGAUAUCCUUGUGGCGGCGCUGGGCAACGAAGUGUACCGGCUAAACUUGGAGCAGGGCCGGUUCCUCAACCCUUACACGUUAGAGACCGACCAAGGGGCCAACUGUGUCGACAUUUCGUCCGCCCACGGGCUCGUCGGGGUGGGGCUUGAAGAAGGUACGGUGGAGUUCUGGGACCCACGACUGAGACUGCGAGCAGCCAAAUUGAUGGUCAACGACCAGAACCAAGUCACCGCCCUCAAGUUCCGUGAUGACGGGCUCAACUUUGCCGUCGGUACUUCUGACGGCAACUCGUUGCUUUACGAUCUCCGUACUUCGGUUCCCCUGGUGGUUAAGGACCAAGGCUACGGCUAUAGCAUCAAGAACUUGAUUUGGCUCCCUGGUGAACGGGUGCUUUCGUGUGACAAGCGUAUCGCCAAGAUCUGGGACCGCAAUAACGGCAAGCCGUUCGCCCUGAUGGAACCCAACGUCGACAUCAACGAUAUCUGCUGGGUGCCUGACUCGGGGAUGUUUUUCAUGGCUAACGAAGGGAUUGCCAUGCACACUUACUACAUCCCCAACUUGGGGCCUGCUCCCAAAUGGUGUUCGUUCCUCGAUAACGUCACCGAAGAACUUGAAGAAAAGCCACUGGCCCUGGUGUACCUGAACUACCGAUUCAUCACCGCCGACGAAGUCAAGAAACUCAACUUGGCCCACUUAGUAGGCACCAAGGUGAUGCGGCUGUACAUGCACGGGUUCUUCAUCGACAACGAGUUGUACGACAAGGUGUCGCUUAUCGCCAACCCCAACUCGCUUAGAGACCAGCGUGAACGUGACAUCCGUAAGCGGAUUGAAAAGGAACGUGAACUGCGGAUCCGGUCUACGGGUGCUAUUACCAAUACUAAGGUUAAAGUCAAUAAGGACUUGGCGAAGAAGUUGCUGGAGAAGCAAGGUGAAGAUGCCGCCGAGCUGGUGGUCAACGACGACCGGUUCAAGGAACUCUUUGAGAACCCUGAUUUCGCUAUUGAUGAGCUGUCACAUGACUACAAGCAAUUGAACCCGGUGGGUAAACCUGAGAAUAAGCCGAGAGGGUUGACCGCUGUCGAAGAAGAAGAUAUGAUGGAAGUCAACUCCGACGACGAGCUGAGUCUGGAGUCGGAGGCUGAAGAAGACGAUGCCAAUAAGCAGAAGGUGCGGGAGAAGAUGGCGAGAAUCCAAAAGGAGCGUGAGGAAGCCACCAAGUUUAUGAACGAGAUGAAGGCGGCUGAACCCCAAAAGAAGACGAAGGAACUCACGUUGGGCGACCAGGCGGCUCGUAUCCAUAAACCCAAGCCUAACCGCGACCUGAGAGUGCGUCGCCACGCCCGCGGCGAAGCCGAAAUCACGUUUGUGCCUAAGAAGAAGCCGUCGAAGCGGGAGGUCGAGCGCGACGAAGAGAAGCAAGGGCGGGCGAAGCCGAGAGCGCUGAAGGAACGCCGCAGUGGUGGCCGCAACCAGUUCCGGGGGAUGUAA